ACAUCAUCGGCUUUGUUGGUUUUCUUCUCCAAGCCUCUAUACGACGCUUUCAUCGCUGACGAUCCAGUGGAGAAAAAAGUGUAUUAUUCAUUUCGCAUCGGUCCAAAAUAAGUCCCGACUGAGCAACUAGUUACAAAACUAUGGAAUCUGUGAGAAAGGCUAACCAAAGACUUCGAAGUUAUCCCAUCCUAUUGGGCAAGUGUUCGGUGGCGGCUGCCGCUUAUGCUGCCUGUGUAACGACCGACCUUAAUGUGUCGCACAAAGUAUGCGAGCAAGAAUUUCAGCUUUUCAAACAGUGUUUACAGAAGGCUGCUAGUGAUAUGAAAACAAGACUAUGAACUCGAUAAAAACGUGAAUGCGUUAGCUGAAAUAGUAGUGUCUAAAGAUUAGUUGUAGUUACUAACAAAACUGCGUAGUGUAGCGUUUAAUAGCACUAACAUGAAAUGAAAAAAUAAACUGUAUGUGGUAACGUAA